AUGAGAGACCAAGUUGGUACGAUUCUCUCUGAUAAUCGAUCGAUUCCGAAGGCAGAACCGCUCAGGCUCCGCCUAUUGGGAGGUGCAGAGCUGCUUCGGGAGCCGACACAGGCGCCGGUAGAAGCGGUCCCUUUGAUACCCCCCUCCCCCACACCAAGCCAGCAAGGCCUCGAUAACAAACGCACACAGACUCAUAUCACUCUGCGCGCUCUCGCUAGCCGGUUGUCAGUUACAAACCGGUUCAGCUGUGACAGUGACUGGUGCUUGUGA